AUGGAAUUGGAAUUCUAUCGCAGGAAUUCUCUGUUUCACUUCAUAGAUAUCGACAGAAAUAAUUUAAUAGAAUCACCCACUGACUCGCCCAAUAUCAACACGGAUCACGACGUGUGUGAUGAUGAAGAUCUCCAAUUCGGUCCUUCAUUGUCUUCAAGCCCCCACACAACCACAAUGCUUACACUAAUGCCACCCCCAAGCCCAGAGUCCCCAUGGACCCUCUCCCCUCACCAAACCCCAUCCCCUUCGCUCCUUUACCACUGCAUUGCCUCCCUCUAUCGCCGCGAAGGCUCCAUCUCCUCCAUUGCAGUCUCAAAGCAGCAAGGAGUAGUCUUCACUGGCUCAGAGAGUACCCGAGUUCGUGUGUGGAGACAACCAGACCACAUUGAAUACGGCUGUCUCAAUGCGACUUCAGGUGAAGUACGAGCUAUUGCAACUCAUGGUAAUAUGCUUUUCACCUCACACAAAGACCACAAAAUCCGAAUGUGGAACUUCACGGUCACAGAUCACAAUUUCAAGUCCAAAAAGGUUUCUUCUCUCCCCAAAACAAGCUCUUUACCUUUACUUUCAAGAUUUAUAAACACCAAACAGCAACACAAAGAAUGCAUUUCCUGCUUGGCAUAUUAUAAAACCGAUGGUCUGUUGUAUACUGGCUCCCAUGACAGAACAGUCAAAGCAUGGCGGCUUAUAACCAAUCACUGUGUGGACUCAUUUGUGGCACAUGAAGACAAUGUGAAUGCAAUGGUGGUGAACCAAGAUGAUGGGUGCGUUUUCACUUGCUCCUCAGAUGGUUCUGUCAAACUUUGGAGAAGGGUUUUCAGAGAAAACUCUCACACUCUCACCAUGACUCUCAAAUGCCAAUUCCCAAAUUCCAACUACCCUGUAAACGCCAUAGCCUUAAACACAUCAUCCAACUCUUGCUUCCUCUACUCUGGUUCUGCAGACGGAACCAUUAGUUUCUGGGAGAAGGAGAAACUGACCCACAGGUUUAACCAUGGUGGGUUUUUACAGGGCCACCAUUUUUCAGUUCUGUGUUUAGUGGCCAUCGAGAAGUUGAUUUUCAGUGGAUCAGAGGAUACUACAAUUAGGGUUUGGAGGAGGGAAGAAGGAGGUUGUUUUCAUGAAUGUUUGGCUGUGUUGGAGGGGCAUAGAGGCCCUGUGAGGUGUUUGGCUGCUUGUUUGGAGAUUGAGAAAGUUGUGAAGGGUUUUUUGGUUUAUAGUGCCAGUUUGGAUCAAACUUUUAAGGUGUGGAGUGUUAAGGUCUCGCCGGAAGAGGGAAUGGGGUUGAACUGUUAUAUGGAUCAACACUGGGAUGCAAUGUGA